UUCUUGCAGAAUAGCAAGAUGCCAAGUAAACUUUUUUGCGCAAGUUUUUUUAUCCAUUUUUCUCAGAUGUAUGAAAAUAUGUCUGUCCAUCAAGAAAAUAUGUAUAUGUAUGCAGUGACACCAUAUGUAUCGUGCUAAACCUUCCCACAUUUCGCCAUCCUGGCAGUUUUUUUUUGUCAGAAAAAUUUAACAAAUAUAUGUAAAACCUAAAAUUUAAACAGACAACGUUAACAUGACUAUUUAUGUAUUUUGUUUUAUCCGUCCUCGCCUCCGCUGGAUGCCAGUAAUCAUUGGGGCCCUUGGAAUUAUGGCAUCUGCCGCCGAGAUCCUUUAUGCCGGAGCAUUACUCGACGUUGCUAAAAGAAUAAACGACAAUUCUGGGCCCAAGUCUAUAAUUAUUGCAUUGGGAACCACGAUCUUCUUAUCGGGCCUGAUUGGACUUGUAAUGCUGGUAUCGUCAUUUCUGCUGAUAAUUGCUGGAAUCCAAAGACACAUGGACAAAUGCAAGUUGUGGAUCCUUCUAACUUACGCAAGUUUCGGAUUAAGGGUUAUUUUCAUCAUCGCAAUUGUCAUCACGGAAUCUGCAUCUUCAGUCGGCACACUGGAGGAGGAGGGUAACGAUAUAACUGUGAGCUACCUCUUCAUAAUGGGGUUCCAGAUUUUGUUCGUGUUUAUAAUCAAAAGGUAUAUUGCCCUUAUUGAAGCGGAAGAUAAGACGCUGUUGGUGUCUAGUACGGUUGAAAAUCAAGUGUGAAUCUAUAAAAUAAAAAAUUACCGUGUUUUUCAUAACAAUUUUGAGUUACUUAUUGCUUUGUAUCAAGUGGAGGCAUACACAAAUGUAUACUCCUAUUUACCUACAUAAGUAUGUAUAAAUGUUGACAAAUAAAUAUUUUAUACCUAGGUAUUUUAUACCCAGGUAUUUGUA